AUGACUAUCCUCAAACAAGCCCUCGAUAAUGCAGAGAUACAGGAGAGUGCUUUUGUCACUAUGACUGCUAGUAAUAAAGGCAGGGCUUCUAUGCUGGAGGAUGCUUUUGGGUCCCAAGGGGCUCAGGUCAUGCUUCCUGAACCAGCUUGGAGCAAGAUCCGGACUUACUGCCGUGAUGCAUUCUCUGAAUUCUUCGGGACUAUGAUCCUCAUCCUCUUUGGAGAUGGCGUCGUUGCUCAGGUCGCACUUAGCAAAGGAGAAAAGGGUGACUAUCAAUCCAUCUCCUGGGGCUGGGGGAUCGGAGUCAUGUUGGGUGUCUACGCAAGUGGCAUCUCGGGAGCACACAUCAACCCUGCAGUGACCUUUGCAAACUGCGUCUUUCGGAGAUUUCCCUGGCGAAAAUUCCCCGUCUAUGCCAUUGCCCAGAUACUGGGAGCUAUGUGUGGAGCAGCUAUUGUCUAUGGAAAUUACAGAUCGGCCAUCGAUCAGUUUGAAGGGGGAGCGCACAUCCGGACGGUGCCUGGGUAUUCUCCUACAGCCACCGCGGGUAUCUUCUGUACCUACCCGGCGGAAUUCAUGACCAGGACGGGACAAUUCUUCUCGGAGUUUAUCGCCAGCUCCAUCUUGAUGUUUAUGAUCUUUGCUCUGAAAGACGACGGAAAUCUCGGGGCCGGUCCCCUUACCCCCCUUGCGCUCUUCUUUGUGAUCUUUGGCAUUGGCGCUUGUUUUGGGUGGGAGACCGGGUAUGCCAUCAACCUCGCUCGAGAUUUUGGGCCUAGGUUGGUCUCGUAUAUGAUCGGAUACGGUCCCGAGGUUUGGAGGGCGGGAAACUAUUACUUUUGGAUCCCCAUGGUAGCGCCAUUCAUAGGGUGCACUUUCGGCGGAUGGGUGUACGAUAUGUUCCUGUACACGGGGACAGAUAGCCCAGUGAACACGCCAUAUGCCGGACUACGGCGGCUGAUCCAGCCAGUGGAGAAAAAGUCGAUUGACUCGCAGAGCCAAGUAUGAACGGGAAGUAGCAUGAUGAUUAACGAGCUUAUGUGACACGUUUUGAGGGAAAAACACGAUUGGACGAUUCUUGGACUAGUGUAGCAUAUAAGUUGAAGCGACGAUUACGGCUCUGGGUGAUACAAAAACGCUUGCAUGUACUCCACACUAUCAGUGGAAUGGAAAUGUCAAAUGUCAUAUUCGUUUCGAACACCCAAGCCUUCUAGCCUCUGGCUCCGUUAACCAGAGCGUGGCCAUAAGCCAUGUAAGACAUCGCACAGGAGACCCGGCGUGUAACGGACUCUAUCGCAAAUGCAUGUGAACAUACUAGGAUCUAUCGUCAAUAAUAAUACCAC